UCUUUCGAAGCUCAGCUAUGGUGAAUUCAAAAUCAAUCCACGGAGAUCCAACGGUUCAAAAUACCUCAUCUUUCACAAGUUCAGGUAGUGCAGGAGUUUGUAUGAUGAACAGCAAAUGGAGAGAUGAACAACACCCUUCUUUUAUCAAUUUUAUCUCUUCCUUCCUAGCUGCUAAUUCCUUUCGUCUCAACUUUGUCCCGAUUUCUCCCGAUUGCAUUUUCAACUGUGGGGGAUUGUCAGUGGCAUUCAUCUUUGUGACUAACUGGGAUUGUGAGAAUGUCAUGCCAAUCUUCAGCAGAGUUCAGAAGCUGAAAGGACAGUUUGCUAACCUUUAUGUUGUUGUAUGCCUUCCAACCAAGGAGCAGAAUGAUUCUUUUGUUCGCUCUUACUUCAAGUAUGGAAUGGAGCUUGGCAAGCCAACGUUUGUGCCAGUUCAAGACAGAGAAAUGGGAUUUGAAAAGAUUGUUAAGAUAGCUCUCUCUCGUGGGGCAUGCAAGAGGCAGGAUGUUACAUCGAAGUUGAAGGCUGAGAGGAAGCAAGCAAUGCAAGGGAUGGACAAUUUCAGAGUGGUCACAUCCAUACCAGGCAUUGAUAACCAUGAUGCAAAUGCGCUCAAUCAAGCUAUUGGUUCCAUUGAAGCAAUUGCUAAGGCAUCAAAAGAGUAUAUACUGGAGAACACAGAUCUUUCAGCUGACAAGGCAGACAUUAUUACUAGGUUUUUCAGAGAUCCAAAGUUUUACCUUAGUCCAAAAAUUAAUUGAUAUAUACAAACAGUCAUUAACUCGGUGAAUUCCUUGGCUAGAUUGAUUUGGUUCCUCAAAGUUUACUGUUGAUCUGUUAGAAUGUACAAUAAAAGUUGACAAGUAUUUCAAUCAGUAGGAAAAAGUCUUGAGCUUGGCAAUGGUUCUUUAA